AUGGCACGAUUUGCGCGUGGUAAUAUUCGUUUCAAUUUUGCGGAUAUGCAGGACAAAUACAAGAAGUUUUGUCAGCGAACAUUUGAUUUGCAGAAUCAGACACUUUCCAACCCAGAUAUUUUGAGCACCGAUGAAGGAAGCAGUGGAGAAGAUUCAGACAAUGAGGAACUGGCGACAAGACUUGAAAGCAUCUUAGAUGCCAACAGAGGAAAAUCGUUCAUUUUUGAUAAGAAGAAAUUAGAGUUUGAACAAGAGGAACGGGAAAGAAAGGCGUUGCAGAAAAUGCUUUACAGUGAUACCCCUAUUGGCACUCCAGCAGCCGAAAGCGAAAAGGAAAAGGAAACGAAAGGUGCAUUACUAAAUUUAAUGCUUCUGCAAUUCGAGAUGAAAAGAGAAUACACUCAUCGGAGUGCCGAACAUGAAAUACAUUUUUCUUCGACGAGUUCAGACUCUUGUUUUAUCUUUUUUUUUUUUUUUCUGGUAACUUUGUUAAUGCUACUACUGUGUACACUAAUAUAUAUAUGCAUACAUAUACAUAUAUAUAAAAUAUGUAUAUAUGCAUUUAUACGUACACAUAUCUAUAUGUAUGUAUAUACACAUAUAUACGUAUAUAUAUAUACAUGUGUAUACAUAUGUGCACACGUGUACGUGCAUAUAUAUAUAUGUAUAUAUAUAAACAUAUAUCUAAAUAUAAAUCUUAGCGGAAAAGCAGCUGAAAGAAAUUGGAACUUUUCCUGA